AUGGGAAUAAAGCACUUAUGGAAAUUACUAAAUGGACGAACAGUAGAGCUAAGGGAGCUUAAUGGAUUAAGCCUAUGCGUUGAUGCAAAUUUAGCGCUAUUUUCUUGCCUGGGAACUAGCAAUAUUGUGUUUAUAACAGAGUAUACGCUUAAAGUCAUCUACAGACUAAUAUCACUUGGAAUAGACCCGGUAUUUGUGUUUGACGGAAGAAAGCCUUUGUUCAAAAAAAGGCCUAGAAAAGAAAUAUUGGGCACAGAUGGAAAUGGGAAAGAUGUUUGCACGGAAAUAGAGCAGAUGCCUGAGGAGACAGCAGAUAUGUCUAGCACAUAUAUUAAUGAAAACUCUGAAGCAGCCGAUACUUUAGAAAGAGAAGAAGACUUUAGGCAGAACAUGAGUGACGGAGAGUUCUCAAUGUACCAGGUUCAAAAGGUAUUUGAUCGGUAUAAAUACAUAAGAUCACUUACAAAAAUAAAAAGAAUGCAUGGAGACAGUGAGAUACUUUUCAAGCUAAAAUCGCACUCACUGCCUGCCGUGCAAGCUAGAGAAGACCCGGAUACAGAUGAGCCCUUUAAAGAGUUAAAUGCAUGCAUGGAAAGAAUGAAGGAGAUACUUUACAGCCAGCAAGAUGGAGCUGAAGAAAAAGUAGAAAGAAAAAUGUCGUAUAGUAGAGACAUAGAGAGAGAAAAAAAAGAGAAAGGACAGGUGCACAGAAUAGAGGUGUCUACAGAGGAAACUGAGUAUCAAAGAGAAAUGAAAAUGUACGAACUACCAAAAGAGGACAUCUUUCUGAAUACACAUGCAAUUGAUAAAGAGACUCUUCCUUUAGCAUACAGAGUGAUUGUGGACAUUCUUGACGCCUUCUCAAUAAAAUAUGCAAUAGCACCAAGCGAGUCAGAUAAUGUGUAUAAGAGUAUAGAAAGGGCUAUAGACAUGGAUGGGGUAGUCACAGAAGACAGCGAUAUUCUGAUAUUCAGCAAAAAGCCUGUCUUCAGGCACGUCUUCAAAAGAAAGAUUCUUCCAAAGGUAUUUGCAGAAGAAGGCGUGCUUGAGUAUACACAGACAGAGCUGCACAUAUUGGCAUGGCUACUUGGAAAUGACUAUGUGCCAGGUAUUCCAGGAAUAGGACCAUCCAGGGCUAGAAUAAUUAUUGGAAAGUAUAGAGAGGCAGUCAGCCCACAAAAUGCAGAAGAGGACGCAAUAAAUAUAGACCAGCUCUGUGAAAUAGUCAGGUCAACAGUAAACAGAGACGUAACUCUGGAGAUUCCAAAUCUUCUGCAAGUUCAAAAGGUAUAUGCUGAUAGAGAGUUUAAAGUGCACAUUGCGAACUUGGCACCAAAGCCGCUUGACAAGCGAAAAAUUGUAGAGUUUUUGGCAAAGAGAACCUCCUGGGAAAGCACAGAGAAAGAAGGAUAUUUUAAAAUGAUAAACGAAUACCAGAAAAACAGAGAGAAUAAACUAGAAGAGAUGAAAGAAAGCAAGAAUUUGCAAGAAACCGGUUGGUGA